AUGGAGGAGGCGGAAGCUAAAAAAUCCAUUGCAACGAAAAAAGAAAAAUCGAGAAAAUCUCAUAGCUGUCCACACUGUAACUAUAAAACCAACCGCGGCUACAAUGUUUCUCGGCAUCUUGCCAGGCAUCUGGAGCGACCACCACCAGAACUGCAAUACAUGUGCAGUUAUAAUAAAUGCAACUUUAGUACCUUACGCUGGGACAACCUUAUGCGUCACAAGCAGAGAAUGCAUAAUGAAAGGAAAAGUCCAGUACCUGAGAUGAGAACACCUGAGCCGGAGGAAAUGAUAUCAGUGGGUCACGAAAUUGUCGUAGAGGUGCCGCGUGUUACUAGAAAUAACCAUGCGGCUGGCAAGCGAGUGCAGUAUGAAUGCAACAAGUGUACAUAUCGCACGGAUCGUGCUUACAACAUAAAGCGGCACGUGGCCAAGCACGCGGAGGAGAACUCCAACGGAUUGCUGCUCCAUGUCUGCGUCAUUUCUGGCUGCUGCUUUAGCACGCCACGCUGGGACAAUCUUUGUCGGCAUGUAAAGCGCAUUCAUCAGCAGGUCCUAUCCUAA